AUGUUAGUGAGCCGGCAAAAUGACAAAGCAUCUGGUCCACUCCAUUUGAACGGAAAUGGGGAGUUUAAGAUUGCCAUUUUUGAAGACCUCCAUUUUGGUGAAGAUGCGUGGUCUUUUGGCCCAGGCCAAGACAAAAAGACUGUAAAGGUCAUCAGCGACAUUCUGGACGGGGCCAAACCGGACCUUGUGGUUCUGAAUGGCGACCUUAUUACCGGUGAAAACGCCUUCUUGGAGAACGCUUCGUUCGUUCUCGAUCAGCUUGUCCGUCCAAUGGUCGACCGCAACCUCCCCUGGGCCAGUACGUACGGUAACCACGACUACCAAUUCAACCUGACCGGCAGCGAUAUUCUUGCGCGUGAAAAGCAGUGGCCAAACGCUCGCACUCAGAAAAUGGUUGGUGGUGAUGUCGGAAUCACCAAUUACUACCUACCCGUCUAUCCGUCCGAUUGUACGAACGACAGCUGUGCUCCGGAACUAUUGCUCUGGUUCUUCGACAGCAGAGGCGGCAUGAGAUACCUGACAAAAGACUCUGCAGGCAAUCAAGCUGGUCAGCCGAACUGGGUAGACGAGAGCGUCGUCUCAUGGUUCAAGUCGACAAACUCUGGCUUGGUCGAUAAGCAUAAGAAGAACAUACCAUCCCUCGCCUUCGUUCAUAUCCCUCCAGACGCCUCACGCGCCGUGCAAGCGAAGGGAAUCGACCCAUCAAAGGAGCCCGGAAUCAACCAUGACUCUCCCCUGUCGCGUCAGGCGGAGGGAUGGUGCUCUGAUGGAAGCCAAAAGAGCACCUGUACCUAUGGCGGCCAAGACAAAGCCUUCAUGGAGGCGAUUUCGGGGACCUCAGGCAUGAUUGCAGUCUUCAGCGGGCACGAUCAUGGAAACAGCUGGUGUUACAAGUGGAAAGGCGCCGUCGACGGACUUAGCGUGGAGGGGACCGGUGUCAAUCUGUGCUUUGGUCAACGCUCGGGCUAUGGAGGGUACGGGAAUUGGAUCCGCGGCUCCAGGCAGUUGUCCAUCACGCGUGAUAAGUUGGCCAGAGGCGAAAUCGACACGUCGAUUCGUCUGGAAUCUGGUAAUGUGAUCGGAUCUGUGGUGUUGAACUCCACUUAUGGCGAGGAUCGGUACCCAGUUAGCCCGGACGACAGAACUUGA